CAGGACGCUUGUGUGGGAGUGGCUGUCUGUUGCUAAGAAAGGUCUCCCGGAAGUAGCCGCGUCCUCGUAUUUUCCAGACCAUAUUUUCUUGGCUUGUUUGCAGCAGCGCGUCUGCUGCUUGAUGACCAGUUGGUUUGGUGACUUGUCAACAGAAACAUGGCUGCCUCUGCGUCCGGGAAAGCAUACCGAAACGAUAACGCUUCCACGGGCAGUCAAAAAUGCACGGAAGAGCCCCCUGCACCGACACGGGAGAUUAUCAAACCGUCUAUAAUGGAGCUCACCAAAGAAGUGCGGACCAAUAUCCUAUGCACUGUAGAAGGAUGUGGCAAGAUUCUACCGAACACGCCAGCCCUGAACAUGCAUCUCGUGAAGUCCCACAGAGUAAAGGACGGCCUUGUCAACCCCACCAUCAGGAAGGACAUGAAGGGCUCCCAGAAGCUCUACUGUUGUCCCAUAGAGGGCUGUCCACGAGGCCCCAACAGACCCUUCUCCCAGUUUUCCCUGGUUAAACAGCACUUUAUGAAGAUGCAUGCAGAGAAGAAGCACAAGUGUUCCAAGUGCAACAACGGCUACAGCACAGAAUGGGACCUGAGGCGCCACAUAGAGGACUGUGGGAGGACCUACCACUGCACGUGUGGCUGCCCCUACGCCAGCAGAGCAGCGCUACUGUCACAUAUCUACAGGACCGGCCACGAGGUCCCCACAGAACACCGGUAUCCACCAGUGAAAAAGCGGAAGAUGGAGAGACAGAUAAGUGGAGAGGAAAAAGUCAAGCCCAGUGAAUUCAUGUGUCAGAUCAUAAAAACAGACAGAGAACUUUCAGAGGACUCCCUCCCUGCAGACAGGGUCUGCCACAAUAACCCCCCUAAACACCUCCAGAAACUCCUCCUACCCAAGCCCAAAGUGGCUCUGGUGAAUUUCCCUGUGAUGCAGUUGGCCCAUCUCCCCGUCCUCCUCCCCUCCACAGAGAGCGGGGUUCUGAGGUCUGUGGUGCUGGCUGUGGACAGCCAGGGCUCCUUCAGCACCCUCCACCUCAUGCCCCAGUCCAUGGGGGCCAUGGUGCCUCACCUAGACCCGAAGACCCUGGGCUUCAGGGGCAGCAUGCCUGCCUCCCGCUCCAGUCUGGGGCCUGUCAGCAUGGAGGUGCAGGUAAGUCUGGAGUCAGUGGGCUCUGGCAAUGACCUAGGAGGGACCAGGGGAAGCAAUACCUCCACCAACAUCCAGACAGACAUCUCAUACUUGUCCAGGAUGCCUAUGGGGGUUGGGGUGGGGACGGAGAUGUGCCCCGUUGGUGAGUCGUCGGUCUCAUCGUGUUCUCAGACAGAUAUUAGUGUGAGUGCUCAGGUCCUGCUGCCGGUCAGUGUAGAGACCCAGACGUUCCCCUCGAAGGCCAAAGCCACCACCACCAUCGGGGCGCAGACAGAUACCCACACCCUCAACCAGCUGCCCUGCCCCUAUUCCUCCCCAUCCCAGUCCCCUUACAUUACCAAGCAGACCCAGACCAGACUCAUCCUGGCUGGGUCAGAAGAGAGGGCUCAGAUGGACCAGGCCAUUAUGUGCUCAGACCUCUUCGACAGUUACUCCCUCAGUGUCUCAACACAGACGGCACUGACAGACGGAAGCUUCAGAACCCACAGUGUAGACGACCCCCUCUCCUGUGUCGGUAACGGUCUCUAUGACGACGGCAAGUCAGCAGGAGGCAUGUGUUUUGGCGUGCAGACAGACGAUCUCCAGUCGGGCAGCGUGGCGGACAACCAAACCCAGACCACCUUGGCUCUGUUCAACGACUUGGAGAAUAUCUUGUCAGGUCACUCUCUGUCCGGUCACCAGACGCAGAUGGAUCAUUCAAUAGGCUGUGGGUCAGGUCUGGGCUCUGUUCAGGAACAGCACACGGGCAUCGACUUUGACUUUGAGGAAUUCCUGAACGCGGCCCACAUCCAGACCCAGACGGAGGAGAGCGAGCUGAGCGGUCUGGGGGCCGACACACCCCUGGAGGUCCUGGAUAUCCAAACCCAGACAGACUUCCUCCUCCUGGAAGGCCUGGGAAACAGUGAGGGGCCGGGCCGGAGCCAGGCCAGCGACCUGGAACUGGAGAUGUUUGACACCCAGACCCAGACGGACCUCAACUUCCUGCUGAAAGCCGGAGGCCACAUGCCACUGGGCAACAUUCUACGACAGUCCAGCUUCUCCAUGAGCACAGAGUCCUCUGACACUGAGACACAGACCGACCUCCGCCGACCGCUGACACCAACACCAAACUCCAACACCCUUCACUCUGUAUCCCAGGGUGACCAGUCCAGGCUCUUGAGCAGCACGGAGACUCAGACGGUGACCGACGCAUCUUCUGAGGGCCUCGGAAACCUCUUCCUGACCAGCAACGAGACCCAGACAGUCAUGGACGACUUCCUGUCAGCUGACAUGGCCUGGAACAUGGAGUCCCACUUCAGCUCGGUGGAAACGCAGACGUGUGAGGAGUUGUUUGCUCUUUCAGCACUCUGAGAAGCCCAUCAGCUGACCCCUCCCCCAGGUCCUGGGCUCCAACUCAUCAUCCUCUACAGUCUAUGUCCCUCUACUACUGGAGGUUUAGGUGUAGAAGUGAGCCGCCUUAAGAAGUCUUAGGACAUUCUACAAGGGGGUAGCAUGUCAAGGAUAACAUGUCCAGACAUCUCCCUCAUGCUAGCUCGAAAGCACUUUAUUAUCAGUUCAUGGAUAUGAUUUCCCAUCCUUGUUUACAUGUUUAUUUGCACGUCUUACUACUUAAAUAUAUAUUUUGUCUGAAAAGCCAGUUUAGUCCGUUUUCAAAGUUUGAACACUGUUUGCUAUAAGAGAGUAUGUAAUGCCUGUUGAGCCUUUCCUUAAUCAUACUGCUGUUGAAUGACUUCUGGUAGUUUUGAUGUGGCACAAACGUAUUAGUGAAAUUCUAAAAUAGUUGCCACACUCUCAUUGUUGUCUUGUAGAAUUGCCCCAUAUUUCAGGGCCACCCACCUAUAAGCUGGGUCAUCGCGUUAGGAGACUAGCCUGUCAUCAUCUUUGACUUAUUCAUUAGCUGGCUGUAAGUAUAUAGCAGCACAGUGUGCUGAAGUGAUAAAACACUGUAGAGAAACACUAUGAGGAUCUAGCUACUCACUAGUCACUGUGAUUACAUGGUGAUUGUGUACAUCCACCACCACCAUAUACAGUGCCUCAAAGUAUUCACACCCCUUGAUUUUUUCCCACAUGUUGUUGUGACAAAGUGGGAUUAAGUGGAACAAAAAAUGGAAAAUAAAACGAAUAUGUCUUCAUUAAAUAAGUAUUCAACCCCCUGAGUAAAUGCAUGUUAGAAUCACCUUUCAAUUACAACUGUGAGUCUUUCUGGGUAAGUCUUUAAGAGCUUUCCACACCUGGAUUGUGCAACAUUUGCCCAUUUAUUUUCAGAAUUAUUCAAACUCUGAUGAAUUUGUUGUUGAUCAUUGCUAGACAACCUUUUUUGGGUCUUGCCAUAGAUUUUCAAGUAGAUUUAAGUCAAAACUGUAACUUGGACAUUCGGGAACAUUCACUGUCUUCUUGGUAAGCAACUCCAGUGUAGAUUUGGCCUUGUGUUGUAGAUUAUUGUCCUGCUGAAAAGUGAAUUAAUCUCCCAGUGUCUGGUGGAAAGCAGACUGGACCAGGUUUUCCUGUAGGAUUUUGCCUGUACUUAGCUCCAUGACGUUUCUUUUUUUAUCCUGAAAAACUUUCCAGUCCUUAAUGAUUACAAGCAUACCCAUAACAUGAUGCAGCCACCACUAUGCUUGAAAAUAUGAGUGGUAACCCAAACAUAAUCCAUUGUAUUCAGGGCAAAAGGUGUAUUGCUUUGCCACAUUUUUUGCAUUGUGGAGUAAAUACAAUUGAUCCAUCCUCCAUUUUCUCCUAUCACAGCCAUUUAACUAUUAACUGGUUUAAAAGUCACCAUCGACCUCAUGGUCAAUGGUGUGCGGUUUCCUUCCUCUCCUGCAACUGAGUUAGGAAUACACCAUCCAAAGUGUAAUUAAUUACCUCACCAUGCACAAAGGGAUAUUCAAUGUCUGAUUUCUUUAUUUUUAUCCGUCUACCAAUAGGUGCCCUUCAUUGCGAGGCAUUGGAAAACCUCCCUGGUUUUUGUGGUUGAAUCUGUGUUUGAAAUUCACUGCUUGGCAGAGGGACCUUUCCGAUAAUUGUGUGUGUGAAGGGUACAAAGAUUAGAUUUUUUUUUAAUUACUAUGUUAAACACUUAUUGUACACAGUUUGAGUCCAUGCAACUUGUUAUGCACAUUUUGACUCCUGAAUUUAUUUAGGCUUACCAUAACAAAGGUGUUGAAUACUUACUGACACCAGACAUUUCAUCUUUUCAUUUAGUUUGUACAAUUUCCUAAAACAUAAUUCCACUUUGACAUUAUGGGGUAUUGUGAUAAGGCCAGUGACAAAACAAAUCUUAAUUCAAUCAAAUUUAAAUUCAGGCUGUAACACAAUUUUUGUUGUGGAAAAGGCAAUGGGUGUGAAUAGUUUCUGAAGGUACUGUAUAACAACUCCACUAAACGUUACUGAACAUAAACUGAUGAAAUAUUACAAUUUCUAUCAACAUUUUCUUGAACUACACUCAAGUCUAUCGUAUUAGUCAAAGCUAGCUGUUGGUAUCAUUACAAUAUUUUACCUCAUUUGAACAUGCAUCCCAUUCAAAUUUCAAGAAACAGACAUUUGUUGAGACAGUUUUAUUGAAUGUGAACUUCACAAAAGAGCUCCAAGUUUAGAGUAUUUCUCCAUGUUGGAUUUUGAUCUGUUGGUGCCUUAAGACAAGUAUUUUUCGUGGUGCAUUUUAUGUUUCCGUUGGUCAGUAAUGCUCUAAGCAGCUUUACGAGGUAGGAAGAAGUUCAGGAUCUAAAUGUAUUUAACGUUUACAUGAUAUUUAUUUGUGGAGGGUGUAUUGGAAGAAUACUUCAAAUACUUGAGUGUCUUUAAUUUGCAUGUUGAAUAUGUUUGAAUGCCUUCUGAGUUGUAUUUGGAAAAAGCUGUUUUGUGUUACACAUCUAGGUUCUAAGAAUGCAAUGCAUUGUUUUUUUCCAAGGCAGUAUUCGCCCUACUGUGGUACACUAUCAAUAUGUGAAGAAGUGGACCCAGAAACGGCAGAAUGUAGCCUACAUGACACUGUGCCCAUACUACACAACAUGGCUUAGUUUUUGCACUGCAUCUUAAAGUAAUCGAAACAGGACUGUUUCAUUCCAGUUUAUAACAGACUUUCAUACUCAACCACAUUUCAUAACAAUGUAUUGUGCUGUACUGAAAACACUACUUCUGUUUAAUUUAUCAUUCUUGAACUUAUAAUAGCGCUUAGGGGAGAAACUUCCUUGCUUAAAAACAUGUACAUUAGACUACAUGGCAGGGUUGAAGUCAAUUCUAUUUGUAUUCCAGGCAAUUGAGAAAGUAAAGUAAACCAAAUUCCAAUUCUGAAUUUUCCUCAUUUUGAAGAGAACUGGAAUUUCUAUGUACUUCCUGAAUUAAAUGUAAUUGAUCCUAACCGUGCUACAUGGGGAUGUCAACUUCAGCGCUUUGGUUUUUCUCAGUAAGGGAGUGCAUGCAGUCUUUGGUGCCAAUAUAAUUUAUUUCAGUUGCAUUUCUGUUUGCAGCCUUAUCUGUUGUAUUUCAGUUGCCUGAAUGUGUAGAGGGUCGAUCAAGGUUGCCUCUUGUUAUUUGUGUUGUUGAUGCUAUUCAGGAGACGCUCAUAAUAAACUCUUCAUAAAGGGUU